AUGUGGAGGCUCGAGGUCCAUUUGCACUCGGAGUUCUCCAUCGAAAUUGCUCCGCCGAUUCGCCCAGCCUACAGUCGGACAGACCCACUGGUCGAACAGGACACGAUGUGCAUAGGUGCACGUGGGCCCAGAAGUACUGAAAGAAUGCUAGAUCCACAAUUCUGGAAAUGCCGAAAUGCAGAGCGAUUCUGCAAACAAAAGAGUCGAAUUAAAGGCUCUCUGCUGCACUGGUCUUUAAUGCGCCACAGAUUCCAAAAAGCCGUCUUCCUCCAAGACCUCGCUGACGUCGCAUUCGCAUCAUUUGCGAGGCAAUGA